AUGUUAAACAAAAAAUUUUUUAUAAAUGAGUUUCAAGAGCUUGCCAGACAAAAACUCCCAAAAAUGUACUAUGAUUACUUCAAAGGAGGAGCAGAAGAUCAAUAUUCUUUGGACGAGAACAUCAAAGGAUUUCAAAGAAUUAUGUUGAGACCAAGAGUUCUUCUUGAUGUUAAAAACAUAAACAUGUCAACAAAUUUAUUGGGAUAUGAUCUGCAUUCACCCAUCAUUGUUGCUCCUACUGGAAGUCACAAAUUAGCACAUCCAGAAGGAGAGAUAGCAACUGCGAGAGCUGCAGCAUCAUGUAACUCGAUAAUGGUGCUAUCUUUUUCUUCUACUUGCACGCUUGAGGAGGUUGCUUCGAGCUGCAAUGCCAUUCGUUUCUUUCAGUUAUACGUUUAUAGAAGACGAGAUGUCACAGAAAGUAUAGUCAAGAGAGCUGAAAGAAGCGGAUUCAAGGCUAUUGUUCUAACAGUUGAUACUCCAAGGCUAGGACGAAGAGAAGCAGACAUAAAAAAUAAGAUGAUAAUACCAAAGGUGGCAAACUAUGAAUUAUUGUCAGUGGAUAUCAAUUCUAAAGAUGGCUCAAAUCUUGAAGCAUUUGCUGAUGAAACUUUUGAUCCUUCUUUGAGUUGGAAGGACAUACAAUGGCUGAAAUCUAUUACAGCCUUACCGAUUCUACUCAAAGGUGUACUCACAGGAGAAGAUGCUCGAAAGGCAGUAGAAGCAGGUGUUUCAGGAAUAAUUGUAUCCAAUCACGGCGCUCGCCAGCUUGAUUACUCACCAGCUCCAAUCUCUGUUGUUGAGGAGGUUGUCCAAGCUGUUUCAGAAGCGAUUCCUGUGCUACUCGAUGGAGGAGUUCGUCGUGGCACCGAUGUUUUCAAGGCCUUGGCGCUUGGUGCAAAAGCUGUCAUGAUUGGACGACCUGUGGUCUUCGGCCUGGCAGCACAGGGGGGAAAUGGAGUGAGGAAAGUAAUUGAAAUGCUCAACGGCGAGUUGGAGCUCACCAUGGCCUUAGCUGGAUGCUCCACUGUAAAAGAAAUCACCCGAAGCCAUGUCCAAACUUUAGGUGGUAGGCUGAGAUCCUCCCUGUGAUAAUGUUCGAUGUAGUAACAGAGAGAUGGGAGAUGGCCCAAAUGCCUUUGAAGCGAUCAUUGAUGUCAUGAGACCAUUUUAAUUUUAAAUGCCUGUAUUUUUAGAUGAUUAUGGAUCUUGAUGACAAAAUUGAGGUUCAUACGUGCGAACAUGUGUUAAAUAUAUAGGAGCUAUGCUAGCA